AUAAAUGAAUCUCAUUUGGGGUUUUCAGUUGUAAACCGUAAACAAUUAAUUUGGAAAAAAAAAAUGUUUUUUGCGUCUAUGAAAUUAGGAGACAAAUUAGCUGUUGCACCACUUAUCGGGUGCAUUAGCGUUGCUGCUACCUUAGCUGUUGGAUCUUGUAUACGCGGAUUAAGAGCUCCUGAUGUGAUAUUGUCACGUUCGCGAAACCCAACUCCAUGGAACCAAAUCUCUCCAACUCAACAAGUUAAGAUGUUUAGUCCUUACGAUUACUCGAAACUUGAAUCUGCAGUACCACCCGAGUCGCUUGAAUCGUUGAAGUAAGUGUAUCUAAUUGAAGAUAAUAUUCUAUGAUUUUGAAAAAGUAUU